UUCUCUGGCAGCCUGUCGGAGGAGACCUGCACUGAUCUCUGCUCUGGAGGAUGCACCUAUCUGAAGGAGGGUAUCACUGAGAAGCUUCACUUUUCAUCCUGACUCCCCACAAGUAAUGAAUCUGUGAGAGGACGAGCAGAGAAGCACACUUCAAAAUGGCAGACAAGGAUAGUGUUGAAAAAUACUUGGAGAAUAACCCUCAGUUUGCCAAAGAGUAUUUUGACAAGAAUGUCCGAUGCGAGGUCAUCGCCGCCGCUUUUGCCGAGAACCUUGACAUCAAAGAUCCGGCCUCGUUCAAGGAUGUCAGCCAAAUCCAGGAGGCCACCAUCAUCUUUGACAUGAUCAAAGAAAUGCAUUCGCAGCCCAUUAUGGAAAAGGCCAUGCACAAGGUCCUGCAGAGGAUAUGUAUGCUGGUGAACGCAGACCGCUGCAGCUAUUUCAUAUACCGAGCCAGAAACGGCAUCCCUGAGCUCGCUACGUGUCUUUUCGAUGUCACCCCUACCUCGAAAUACGAGGCAAACUUGGUCAACCCUCAAUCUGAAAUUGUCUUCCCUACUGACAUUGGCAUAGUUGGCCAAAUAGUGACCACCAAAAAACCAGCUAAUGUUCCCGAUGUCAAACAGAAUCCCAAAUUCAGUGAUUUUGUGGACAAGCAAACAGGAUACACCACUAAAAACAUGCUGGCUGCCCCUCUCAUGAACGGGAAAGACCCACUUGGUGUGGUCAUGGUAAUAAACAAAGUGGGAGGAAAUGAAUUCUCCAAAGCAGAUGAAGACCUCUUCUCCAAGUACAUCACCUUCGCCACAGUCAUUGCCCUACAGCAUUACACCUCAUACAUGUAUAAUGUGGAAUCUAGAAGAAGCCAGGUUCUUCUAUGGACUGCGAGCAAAGUGUUUGAAGAGUUGACGGACAUUGAGCGACAGUUUCACAAGGCCCUGUACACCGUCAGGACCUACCUCCAGUGCGAGAGGUACUCUGUCGGCCUUCUGGACAUGACCAAAGAAAAGGAGUUCUACGAUGAGUGGCCGGUUAAAUUGGGAGAUGUGGAGCCGUACAAAGGCCCAAAGACACCUGACGGCAGGGAAAUCAACUUCUACAAGAUCAUUGAUUAUCUCUUAGAGAGCAAAGAAGAGAUCAAAGUCAUACCAACUCCUCCUGUCGACCACUGGGCACUUGUUAGCGGCCUCCCCACCUAUGUGGCUGAAAAUGGCUUUAUUUGUAACAUGAUGAAUGUUGCUGCUGAUGAUUACUUUACAUUCCAGAAAGAAGCUGUGGACGAGUCGGGUUUCGUCAUCAAAAACGUCCUGUCCCUUCCUAUUGUCAACAAGAAAGAAGAAAUUGUGGGUGUUGCCACUUUCUUCAAUCGGAAAGAUGGCAAGCCAUUUGAUGAGCAGGAUGAACAAAUUACUGAAGCCCUAACACAGUUCCUAGGAUGGUCUGUACUGAAUUGUGACACAUAUGACAAACUGAAUCGGACAGAGUGGAGAAGAGAGAUUGCAGCGGAAAUGGUCAUGUACCAGACCAAAGCCACCCCAGCUGAAGUCCAACAGAUUCUGAACACGAAGGAGAAGUUUGACAUGAACCCUGAGGACUGCGAUCAGAGAGAAAUGUACAAACUCUUGAGAGCCAACAUUCCAGAAGCCAAAGAUGUCGAUCUGCUAUUAUUUAGUUUUAGUGACUUGCCUGUCUCUGAGCUUGACCUUAUCAAGUGUGGCAUUCGCUGUUUCUUUGAACUUGGAGUGGUAGAGAAGUUCAAAGUGCCAGCAGAGGUCCUGACAAAAUGGAUGUACACUGUACGAAAAGGCUACAGAGAUAUCACCUACCAUAACUGGAGACACGGGUUUAACGUGGGCCAGACCAUGUUCUGUCUUCUGCAAACUGGAAGGCUAAGAAAAUACUACUCCGACCUUGAUGCCUUUGCGAUGGUAGCGGCUGCAUUCUGUCACGACAUUGACCACAGGGGUACCAACAAUCUCUACCAGACAAAGAGCACAUCACCACUGGCCAAGCUCCAUGGCUCCUCCAUCUUGGAAAGGCACCAUCUUGAUUACAGCAAGACGCUGAUGGCAGAAGAGAGCGUUAACAUUUUCCAAAGUCUGCAGAAACGCCAGUUUGAGACAGUCCAGCACUUGCACGAUGUCUGUAUCAUUGCGACUGACCUGGCCUUGUAUUUCAAAAAAAGGACCAUGUUCCAGAAGAUCGUCGAUGCCACCGAACCAAUGGCUGAUGAGAAGGAAGCGAUUGCCUAUGUGUCCAACAAUCCCAUUAGGAAGGAAAUCAUUAUGGCAAUGAUGAUGACUGGAUGUGACUUGUCUGCCAUUACCAAGCCAUGGGAGGUCCAGAGCAAAGUGGCUCUCAUGGUGGCAGCUGAAUUCUGGGAGCAGGGAGACCUGGAGAGGACUGUGCUAGACCAACAACCCAUUCCCAUGAUGGACAGGAACAAGUCGGAUGAACUUCCGAAAAUGCAGUGUGGUUUCAUUGACUUCGUGUGCUCGUUUGUGUACAAGGAAUUUUCAAGGUUCCACAAAGAGAUCACUCCCAUGUUCGAUGGCCUGAACAACAACAGGGUCCAUUGGAAGGAGCUGGCUGAUAUUUAUCAAGCAAAAGUAGACGCUAUAGAGAAUGAACGAAAACGACUAGAAGAGGAGCAGGCUAAAAAAGCCGCUGGUGAGGAUGGUGGAGAGGGAGGAAAGUCCAAAACCUGCACCAUAUUUUAAACAUCAUCUGACAGAAAUUCAGAGCCACAGAGAAGUCUGGGCCAGCAUGUAGAGGGAGGUGAAACGUGCUCCUAGGACCACUACAUUUUCACCAGCUUUCUGUCUCAUUUCCUCGGAAGUACCUUCUCCAAGUGAACACGUAGGCAUUCACCAGAAAUGGAAGAACUGUACCUGUCAGAUGUUCUUUCUGAUGGGGUGCCAGCCUAGAGCACCAUAUAGACAAUUUCAAGCUUGUUCCUAAUCACUGAUUUCACCUCGACUGUACCUUUUAACAACUAACUACGCUGGAGGAAGUACUGCAUAUGCAACUUGCCACACAGUGGUGGCCGAAAACACAACUCUACAAAUGUUUAUUGUGCUGUAGUUCACAGAGCUUACCUGAAGUACGGCUUUUGAGUCCAUAACAGUUCUCAAGACUGUUGUAUGUCAUGUAAACAGCAUAACAUUAAGAAUUAGAGCAAUACAUAUGAACAACUUUCUUACCAGUUGCUAAUUUCUCAAAAUAGCAUACUUCUCGAUUUCAUAGAAGUUCCAAUUUGAUAUUUAUUUUUUGAUGAAUUCACUGAAUCACACUUAAGGGUGAAGUGUGUAAUUUCUCCACCAAGUGAGAAUUGCAAAAAUGCUGACUGUUUUCGAACAAGUUUCCUCAACACACCCCUCAUCUGUAAUUGGUCAAACACACAGAUAGCCCCGCCCCCAAACAAACACCAUUGGUGUUUCUGUUGUUGGGCUGCCUAAUGUUUUAAUAGCAGCAGAACACUUUUUUUUGUGAAAUCGACUUCUUUUAGAUUUCUCUGCAUAUUAACCUGGGGUGAAAGCAUUUUAACAUCACAUUAAAUUACACACUUCACUUUUAAACUACCGCAAUGCAUAUUUUAAUAAAUUUCAGUUGCUUUGUUUAGGGUUGAAGGACCAACUCAUUUGAAUAAGCUUUUAGAAGCUUAUUAGCAAGCGCUUUGUGAAAUGCACAAAGAUCUCAUGCUACAAGUCUUGCACACUGACUACGAGUUGUUCAAAGGAAAGAUGGCACUGCCAAGGCUAAAGAUCUUGUAAGUUGCAUUUGCAUCUGCUUGUCGCAGUUGUGUUUGGAUGGAUGUCUUUUCUACUUUUUUGUUCUCUAAAGAAGAUGAAGCUGAGAAUGCGACAUGGCUAAUUCUGUGAAUAUGUGGAGAACA